AGCUGAGUGAAAAUUGUUUCUUUAACAACCGUAAAAAAUCAACAUAUGCGUUACGAUAUCCUUGAUGGCUGGUACUAAUCGUUCAGUAAACUGUUCAACUGCAUUACAACGAUUGAAACAAGACUAUCUAAGGCUUUCAAAGGACCCAGUUCCUUAUGUAACUGCAGAGCCACUUCCAACUAACUUGUUUGAGUGGCAUUAUGUCAUUAAAGGACCCGCUGAUUCACCUUAUAAAGGAGGUUAUUACCAUGGGAAACUUGUUUUUCCGAGAGAUUUUCCAUUUCGACCUCCUUCAAUAUAUAUGAUAACACCAAACGGUAGAUUCGCAUGUAACACGAGACUGUGUCUAUCAAUAAGUGAUUUUCAUCCCGACACAUGGAAUCCUGCAUGGUCUGUCUCGUCCAUACUAACGGGCUUACUGAGUUUUAUGCUGGAGAAUACGUGUACCAUGGGUAGUGUUGUGACUUCAACAAGCACUAAAAAGCAACUAGCUAGAAGCAGUGGAGAUUUUAACCUGAAGUCUGAAAUUUUCUGUGAAUUAUUCCCUGGAAUUGUUAAAGAGAUUCGCGAAAAUCUAACAGCUGAAGAACUUCGUAGUAAACUUCUAAAUUCAUCAAAUCAACGUCAGUCACAAUCCGAUGCAAGUACAAAUAACUUCGGAGUAAAUGGUGAAAAUAGAAAUGAAUGGCAUAUCUCCAAAUUAUUUGUCCUGAUCGUAUUUAGUAUAUUUGCUUUUCUUGUACAACUUGUCAUGAGAUUUCUAGAACCUAUUUGAUAAGUUAUCCCUACUUAAUCGGUUAUUUCAUGGUAUAAACACAUUAUGUCGGCAUGGUAGUGAUAACGUACAAUGGUGUGUGCAUAUUUUGUUACUUGCCUACUCUAUUGUUCUUUCAACUGUGUAAAAUUCAUGUAUAACUAUCCUCAGUGAUUGACUCUUGAUCUAAAUUUGUAAUUUUUAUUGUAACUAUUUCUAAUUUUUUCUUUAUGAAUUUGUCACGAUGGUAAACAAGAAUGCUGCGCAUGUAACAUAUGAUAUACUUGUAAUGUCUGUGAUUUGUGAAUGACUUUUUUGUGUAGUACUAAUAAAAAAGCAAACAAGAAAAAAUAUGUAUAGCUACAACA